GGGUCCCUUCUUAUCCCCCCGCAGCGGUUGCCUUCGCCUCUCCCGGAUCCGGAGCGCAGGGAGCAUGCGGUUUCAAGGGGCCAUCGUGCUGCUGGCGGCACUGCUGGCCCUGGCCACGGCACAGCAGCGAGGCGGCGGCCGGAGCCGCGGUGGCUUUCAGGGCCCGGUGUGGGCCGGCCGCCCGGCGCCGUUCCGGAGCUGGGACGCAGCGCGGUACCGCCCGUGGCAGGAGGGGAGAGCGCAGCAAAGCGACUGCUGGCGAGGAGGCGACGUCACCUUCGACAUCAGCAACGAUGCUCCCACCAUGGCGGGCGCCAGGGCCACCUUCUCCAUCGCGCUGCGCUUCCCCAGCACGCAGACGGCGCUGACCGACGGCCGCGUGGUGUGGAGCCAGAACUGCACCGUGAAUGGCACCCGCGUGGUGCAGGGGGAGCCGGUGUUCCCGGAGCAGCUGGCCGAGGGCUCGGAUGGUGUCUUCCCCGACGGGCAGCCCUUUCCCCGCAGCGCCUGGGGCAAACGUGGGAGAUUCGUCUACGUCUGGUGGACGUGGGGGCGUUACUGGCAGGUGGUGGAUGGAGCGGCGUCGCAGCUGACAGUGGGGACGGACGGUGUGGCCCUGGGCUCCUACACCAUGGAGGUGGUGGUUUAUCACUACCGUGGCCGACAGAAGUUCAUCCCCAUCGGCCACGCCAGCACGCAGUUCAGCAUCACCGACCAGGUGCCCAUUGCGGUGGACGUGACGCAGCUGGAGGCGGCAGCGGGGGACGGCGGGCGCUUCGUGCGCAACCGCCCCGUGGCCUUCAGCGUGCGGCUGCACGACCCCAGCCAUUACCUGCGUGAUGCUGACAUCUCCUUCUCGUGGGACUUCGGGGACCAGAGCGGCACGCUCAUCUCCCGCAGCCCCACCGUCACCCACACCUACCUGCAGGCCGGUUCCUUUGCCGCCCGCCUGGUGCUGCAGGCAGCCAUUCCGCUCAGCUCCUGCGGCACCUCUGCACCCCCAGUUGUGGAUCCCACCACCGGGCCGGCGCCUUCCUUGGGACCCACGGCCACGCAGCCUGCAGGGCCCACGGGAUCCGGCACCGCCCGCGCAUCCAGCACCGCCGCAGCACCCGGGACCACCGCAGCACCUGGCACUGCAGCAGCACCCGGAGGCUCCGGGGCACCAGCAGAACCCACGGGGGUCUCAGUGGCCGUGCCCUCAGACGGUGCUGCCACCGAGCCCAUCCCCGACCCGGUGCUCAGCACUGCAGUGCCCGGUGCAGCAGCCGGUACAGACCCGACUGCAGACCCCCUGCCCCCCACCUCAGUGUCCUCAGGUGGGGACGCUCUGGGCACUGUGGCCCCCACAGCAGUGGAGGGAAGCGUGACGGCAGGUGUGGGGACAGCAGGGGACGUGGCCGCAGCCACCCCUGGAGCCACCGCUGCGGACACAGCUGUGGACACAGCUGCAGCCACGGAUGGGGACGCAGUUGGACCCACAGCUGCAGCUACAGCUGAAUCCAUAGCAGAUCCCACAAGCUGGAGCCAACAGCCGUUGUCCUCUGGCAGUGCCACGGCUGGAGCCACAGCGGAGCCACUGCUGCUGGUGAAGCGCCAGGCGCCCGAGGCUGAGCCCAGCGGCUGCGUCCUGUACCGCUAUGGCAGCUUCUCCACUGAGCUCAACAUCGUCCAGGGCAUCGAGAGCGUGGCCAUCGUGCAGGUGCUGCCCGCGGAGCCUGAAGGCAGCGCAAACAGCGUGGAGCUGAUGGUGACGUGCGAGGGGAGCCUUCCCGAGGAGGUGUGCACCGUGGUGGCGGACGCCGAGUGCCGCACAGCGCAGACUCAGACGUGCUCAGCCGUGGCACCGGCGCCGGGCUGCCAGCUGGUGCUGCGCCAGGACUUCAACCAGUCCGGCCUCUACUGCCUCAACGUCUCGUUGGCCAACGGCAACAGCUUGGCUGUGGCCAGCACCCGUGUGGCUGUCGGAGGAGCGUCCCCAGCUGCCGGUGGCACCACGCUCACCGUGGGGCUGCUGCUCAUUGCUGCUGCUCUGGGCACGGCUGCCUACACCUACCGCCGUGUGAAGUACAGCCCACUGCUGCCCGCAGCCCCCCCAGCCCCCAGGCCCCACAGCUGGCUGCCCCCUGGUGCUGCCCUGCGUCUGCUGCUGCGCCAGGCUUUUGGGGGGGCUCCCAGUGGAGAAAGCAGCCCCCUGCUGCGUGCCAACACUGUCUAGGGGAGGGGGAGGGGGGUCUGCAUCCCACCCCCCAGUACAGAGCCCCCUGCCUGGCCCGAGCCCCCAGGAACCGGGGGGGAUGCGAGUACCGGCUGCUAAUAAAGACUCAGCUCAGCUGUGCUCCGUCUGUU